AUAUAUAUACAAUCUCCUCCAAAAAUGGCUUCUCCCUCACAGCAUACAUUAUUUCUAUUGCUUCUCUUCUUUGAGAAAUCACCCAUUUUCUGUCAACCCAUCAGAGCCAUUAACAACAAGACAUUAUUAUUCAUUGCAACUGGAAGGAUGGGUUCAGGAGCUCCAUGCAGUGCCAUCUCAUGUCUCUUCUUCUGUCUCUUCCUUCUUCCAGGUACAAGCAUAUCAGAGAAACACCCCUCAGAAGCAAUCAGGAAAAGCAAAAAAAUAGGUUUUCAAGAUGAGCAAAUUACCUUUUCCCGAACGAUGUAUGAUAACCAGCUUGAUACGGCUCCAGAUAAUGUUCCCAUCAUCAAUCCAACUACACCGCCAAGUGACACAAAUCCAGAUAUAAAUCCUAAUCCUAAUCCCAAUCCAAAUCCAGAUAUAAAUCCUAAUCCUAAUCCUAAUCCCAAUCCAGGCACAACAAAUCCGAAUCCUAAUCCCAAUCCCAAUCCAGGCACAACAAAUCCUAAUCCCAAUCCCAACCCCAACCCCAACCCCAAUCCCAAUCCCAAUCCAGGGGCAACAAAUCCAAACCCAACUACAAAUCCCACGCCAACAAAUGGUCCUGGAACCUCAGGCGGGUCAUGGUGUAUUGCCAACCCAGGUGCUUCAGAGACUGCUUUACAGGUAGCCCUCGACUAUGCUUGUGGAUUUGGUGGUGCAGAUUGUUCAGCCAUUCAGCCAGGUGCAAGUUGUUAUGACCCGAACACGCUUAAAGAUCAUGCCUCUUAUGCAUUCAAUGACUACUACCAAAAAAACCCAGUUCCUACCAGCUGUGUCUUUGGAGGAACAGCACAGCUUGCUACUACUGAUCCAAGUACUGGGAACUGUCACUAUGCAUCACCGAAAGCUACCCCCACACCCCCUGCACAGCCACCUCCAAGCCCCAUGCCUCCUCCAACCCCCAUGCCGCCAAGCAUACCAACACCGGUGAGCCUGUAUCCACCAGCUGGACAAACAACAGGCUAUGUUCCGGAACCAACAGACUAUGGAGCACCAACAGGUUCCCCCAACUCGGCAUACGCCUUCUCAGGAAAUCUAAUACUAGGUGUCAUGGUUUCUAUCCUAUCGCUCAUUGCAACAAACCAUAUCUAAAGUCAGAAUAAAUGAAGGAUUUGGCCAUUGAAGUUGCAACAAGACAACAAUUCAUUUAGCGCCUCUACACACUAUAAUCUCUCUUAAGAGGCAGAGGGAAUCGUCAUGAUGCUCGAGAGCUCAUGACCCUUCACCAAGAGGCAGUUGCUAUUUUUCACCUUUGUAUGGCUUUUAGCACCAGUAGGAAGCCAGGAGAUAGUGAAGAACAGCAUCUUGAUGUAGUCAGCAUUUUAUAGCUUUAAUUCCACAGUUAAUAAAUAUUUUAGACCACAAAA